GUAAGACAAUCUUUGAUGCUUCGUCAGCUUUCCGUCCCGCCGCGUCCUGAUGAUGUAAGCAGUGUGCGACCGGACAGGCUAGGCUCCGGUUGUCAGCAGGCUGCGGUGCGGAUGGAGAUGGCUGCCGUCACGCAGCGGAGCCGCGGCGGCGGUGGAGGGUUUGCUGUGUGUCAGCGGUCGGUGACGCCGUGGUGGCGGCUUGCGGUGCUCCUGUUCUCCGUGUCCUCGCUGCCGGCGGCAGCAGCGCUAGUGGAGGGCCUGUACUGCGGCACGGAGGUCUGUUACGAUGUGCUCGGCGUCACCCGGGAGGCCUCCAAAGCGGAGAUCGCCCGGGCUUACCGGCAGCUGGCUCGCCGGUAUCAUCCGGAUCGGUUCCGGCCGGGAGAGCCCGGCUCAGAGGGAGAGACCCAGGAGUCCGCCCAGAAGAAGUUCCUGCUCAUCGUGACUGCGUACGAGACGUUAAAGGAUGAGGACACCCGGCGAGACUACGACUACAUGCUGGACCAUCCUGAGGAGUACUACCAACACUACUACGCCUACUACCGCCGACAGCUCACCCCCAAAGUGGACGUCAGAGUCGUUAUCCUGGUCACCAUCUGUGCCAUCUCCAUCUUCCAGUACUACAGCUGGCACAGCAGCUACAACGAGGCCAUUAACUACCUGGCGACGGUCCCCAAGUACCGGAUCCAGGCCACCGAGAUCGCCAAGCAGCAGGGCCUCCUCAACCGCACCAAGGAGAAGGGCAAGAACCGCCGCUCCAAAGAGGAGAUCCGGGAGCAGGAGGAGGAGGUGAUCCGUGACAUCAUCAAAACCAAAAUCGACAUCAAAGGAGGCUACCAGAAGCCCAACCUGUCAGACAUCCUGCUGUGUCAGAUCGUGCUCUUCCCUUACUACAUGACCAACUACGUUACCUGGUACGUCUCCUGGAUUUACCGCUUCACCAUCUGCAGGGAGGAGUACGGAAACGAGGAGAAGCUUUACUUAAUCAGGAGGUACAUGAAGAUGUCUCAGUCUCAGUUUGACAGUCUGGAUGAAAACAACAGACAGUCCUUCCUGGAUAAACAGCUCUGGAUCAAAGAAAACUAUGAGGUGUACAAAAAAGAGCAGGAGGAGGAGAUGAAGAUUAAGAUGGCGACCGACCCAAGGAUGAAGAGGUACCGGCGCUGGAUGAAGAACGAGGGACCAGGCCGGCUGACCUUCAUCGACGACUGACGACCACACGCUCCGUCUGUAUCAUACACAUCUGCCUCAGUGCCAACAUCCACGGACAACACAUGCCGUGCUGUGUGGAGAAAUACCUGUACAGAAAGAUUAACUAUGCCUGUUUAUAUAGUGAGAGAUAUUUUCAUAGCGUUCAGGCCUCAUACAAGGGGAUGACUGAGUGGAAUAAACUGUGGGCUGGAGCUUCAGAUUUUUGAGUAAUUUUUUUUACAUCAUGCUUUUUGUUUCAAACCAAGUCAAUUUCAUUUUUAUUGAAGUUUAAUGAUUUUCUUCUAAAAAAAACAAAAAAACCCCAAAAAAACUAACUUUCUCCAGCCAUUUUUUGUCUCCUGCUGGUAAAAUCAGAUGGAUGAGUGAGUUUUGAUGUAAUUAUAUUCAUUAUCUGGGUGCAAGAUGAUGAUGAACAGACCGUCCAGUAACCAGAACAUUUGACCAACAGCCAACAGUAUUGUUAAACUGUCCUUGGGUAAGGCGUUGGACCACAACCUUCUUACUCUAAAUGUCCAAAAUGUAAAAUGAGUGAAAAGUAUUUGCUUUUAUAAUGAAUAAAGGGCCAGAGUGUAUAUUUUUACGAACAGUGAUGAGAAGAGGUGUAUUAAUUUGAACUCUGUGUGUCCAGAACAGAGAUAGGUUUAGGACGUAUUUAGCCUAGCUUAGCACAAAGACAGUAAAAACAGGGGAACUUUUAUCCUAGCUCCAUCAAAGGUUUCUUUUUAAAAUCCACCUUCCAACGACAGAAAAAGCUGUCUGGUUUACAUGUUGUAUCUCAUUUAUUGAACGGGUAAAAAACAGAAAUGUAAAAAAGAGGCAUUUUGUGACUGGCUUGCUAGCUAACAAGAAAGACAUGGCCAACAGAUAAAACUGAUCUUCUCAUCUGACUCUGGGGAAGUCGACAGUUUCCUUUGCUAACCAGGAGAACACAUCAAUGUAAAGAAGAAAGCAAACUGAGGACAUUGAUAAAUUGGUUGGUACAUACAGUAACAGAUGGUUUAAACAGGUUUUUUUCCUCCAGUGUGUUUCUAACUGUCCCUUCUGAUCUGAUCUGAUCUGAUCUGAUCUGUCGUGAAAGCUUUUUAAACAGGACACUCAAAACACACAGAAAAGCAUAAAGGCACAGACAUUUCAGAUGUUUAUGUGAAUCAAACAGUCUUAUUGUUUAAGUGGAAGCCAAAGUCACUGCUGCAAUAUCUGUACAUUGUGCAACAAUAGAUCAUUAUCUCACAAGGAGCCUGUUAUCGUGGUUUCUGCUCUAUUCACAAGUUCAGAUGGCUGCUUACUGUUUACUGCAUUUUAAAACUUGGUUUUACUUAUUUAUUGUUUCACAUUUCAUUUGUCUUUUUGUUGUAAGUUUGGUGUUGAGGUGGCAUUAAAGUUAUACUGUAACGUUAA